AUGGUUAGCUGUAACAAAGUUUGAACCCACGUACGCAAGAAAAGCAUUUCCCUGUUUCGACGAACCCGCGCUAAAAGCACCGUUCACGGUGUCUAUCAAAAGGCGAUCUGAUCAAAUAUCUUUGUCCAAUAUGCCGUUGUUAAAUUCCAUCAAAAUACAACAUUCGGACAUGUUCUGGGAUCACUACCAGGAGACUCCGCCAAUGUCCACGUACUUGGUGGCGUUUUUCGUGGGUGAAUUUUAUGCCAUAAGAACGCGUAACAUCGGCAUAUAUACACAUAGGCGUUACGUAAAGCAGGCACAGUACAUCGCAGACGAAUCACCGAAACUUCUCAAAGCAAUGGAAGAGUUCACAGGAGUGGAUUACACGUUGCCCAAACUGGAUUUGUUAGCAAUUCCGGAUUUCGCGGCGGGCGCGAUGGAGAAUUGGGGAUUGAACACGUACAGGGAGAGGCUGUUACUGCUGUCGGAAAAUUCCAAGACGAAAAUGAAAGAGUUCGUAACUACAGUCGUACAACAUGAACUCUCUCAUCAGUGGUUUGGAGAUCUGGUGACGUGCGCGUGGUGGGACUUUUUGUGGCUGAACGAGGGUUUCGCAACGUUUUUCGAAUAUUUCGCUACUAAAAYGGUCGAACCAGACUGGCGCCUAGAGGACGUGUUUGUUUACGAAGUGCACCAAUCAGCUUUGAACGCUGACCAAAACCCGAUGCACGCCAUAUCAGGAUCCGUUGAAACCCCAGCACAGAUCCGGAGAAUGUUCGACGUCAUAUCGUACAGCAAAGCGGGGGCGGUGCUUCGUAUGCUACAGUAUGCGGUGACCGAAGACAAUUUCAAAAGGGCGUUGAACCUGUAUCUGACAAAUAAUGAGUUCAAAGCGGCUACUCCUGAAGAGCUGUGGAUCGCGUUCGAAAACGUUCUCUACGACACCAAAUUUGAUUUAGGAGAAAAUGUAACCAUCACCGAAUUAAUAAGAUCUUGGACGGAACAGGCCGGUUACCCGUUGGUGGAAAUCGUCAARAAAAAUCACACGUUUGUCAUAACUCAGGAACGGUUUUUGAUUCAURGUUUGAACGAUUCUACCGAAGAUAAUGURACAGAAUGGAUUAUCGGUCUGACUUACACGACGCAAAAUCGGAAAGACUUCAACGGGGUUUUGCCUAAGAUUUGGCUGAAGAAAAACAAAACCGUUUUGRCGGAUCGAAAUGGAACUGGAUGGUAUAUUUUCAAUUUACAGUCAAUUGGAUUUUUUAGAGUUAAUUACGAGGAAGAAAACUGGAAUGCCUUAAUCAGUCAGCUGCAUAUUGACUGCAAAGAAAUACACGUGCUCAACCGAGCUCAGUUGAUUGACGACGCAUUUAAUUUGGCCAAGGCAAACCGAGUGGAUUAUGCACUGGUUUUGUGGAU